CUCUUAUUUGCCUCUUUGGGGGAAUUACCUUGGAAGUAGCUCGGCGCUGUUCCAAAUGAAAGACAAGGCUGUUGCACCAACCCAAGGGGUGGUGGUAGGUAGUUGAUUAGUGUCGCUGCUUACCUACUCGUAUACGCUGGGCCGCGCGCGACACCUUUAAAUUCUUGGCCUCAGUAAUCUUGCCUUGCCCCUAAGAUAUUAUAUCCAGAUCCCAGAACCAGACAUCAACUCUUUCGCAGCUAUGUUCUGGGGCCGCGGGCUCUUAUCCGGCGGGUACUCACGCGUCGCCAAUGGCGGGCUGACGGUGAGGCAUCACUCCCCCUUCACGCGGUGGCACAUCAACGCCUUCACUGCCCUGUCGCUGCUCUUCCUCGCCGCCAUCGUCUACUGCCACCAGACAUUCUACCGCGACCCUGGCUCCUUCUUCUUCGACCCCAUAGAGGGAUACCGCCCUUUCUACAGCGUCGUGCGCCAAUCGCAGGUGAACGAGUUCCUCAUUGCCGAGGCGACCUCGCCGAGCCCGCCACGAAACACCCUUGGCGGCACCGAUGCCGCCCAUAAACCCACCCUCUGCAUUGGCAUGUCGAGUGUGAAGAGGCCCGAAGACCAAUAUGUACAGGUAGCCGUCGGAUCGCUGGUGCGGGAUCUGACACCAGAGGAGCGGAACAGCAUUCACUUCGCGGUCUUGUUCGCACACACGAAUCCCUCCGACCACCCCUUAUUCAAUGCGCCGUGGCUGUCUGGACUGCUCGACGCGCCGCUCAGCUACAAUGUCUCUGAUUCCCAGAUGGCUCACCUGAAGGAACUGGAGAAGGAGCGCAAGUUCAACGAAAAACUCAUGUUCGACUUCCUCUACCUGAUCGACCACUGCCGCCAAACUGGAGCAACCUGGAUCGCCAUGGUCGAAGACGAUGUCCUGGCACAAGACGGGUGGUACCACCACACGCUCCGCGCCCUCGAGGAGGUGAAGGAGAAGCACGAUGAGAACAAGACAUGGGUCUACCUGCGCCUCUUCUACACCGAGAAGUUCCUGGGAUGGAACUCGGAAGAGUGGCCCACAUACCUGGCAUGGAGCAUCUUCUUCGCGACGAUCCCCGCGCUCCUCGCCCUUAUCAUCCGCAACCGCGCCCCCUCCGCGCGCAAGAACCUCACAAACUCCUUCAUCGCGACGAUCUGCCUCGGCUUCGUCCCCGCCAGCAUCAUACUCUACUUCCUCGCUGGGCGCGUCAGCAUGCAACCGCUACCACCAGGAGUGAGCCUCAUGAACAACUACGGCUGCUGCGCGCAGGGCCUCGUGUUCUCGCAGGACAUCAUGCCGAAGCUCGUGGCGAGGUUGGAGUCCGUGCCGCCCGGUCCGGCGGAUGUGGCGGUUGAGACGUGGGCGAUCGAAGAGGAUUUUGAGAGGUGGGCGCUGACGCCGAGUGUUAUUCAGCAUAUUGGGAGGAAGACGAUGAAGCAGGUGUUCGGUGAGCCGGAUAAACCCAGUGAGAGGUACAGCAUUGGAGCUGCGAGGGGGUUGUGGAAUUUUGGAUUCGAAUUGCAUGAUAGCGAGGCGUUGAAGUUUGAGCAUAUGAAGGUUUCGGGACAGCUUGGAUGAGUGCGGUUGUUGUGAGGGGCUACGAGAGUGCUUAGCCUGCCUGCUGAGGUCUCGUGGUUGAGUCUUGAUCGGACAGGGAAGGAGCGUUCUUCGUAACUUCCUCGCCGAGUUCUCGGGCAGACAGGGAAGGAGCGUUGCUGCGUAACUUCCUCGUCAAGUGCUCGGCCAGAUAUGGAAGGGUCGUUCUACAUAACUUCCUCGUCGAGUAUUCGAUCAGACUGGAAGGAGCGUUCUGCGCAACUUCCUCGUCGAAUAUCCGGCCGGACAGAAUCGCCCUUCUAGAGCUACCUCGAGAAAGCCGUCGUCUACCUUCCCAACGACGGCAUAUUAAUGAUUACACGAAAUAUAGUUGCUUCCCGCCACUAAAGCACAACCAGCAGCAAAGAAUUGUACAAUAUAGAUAUCGCACAUGCAGCACAUGAUCGUUGCCGCAGAACUACACAACUUGAACCAGUUGGCGUUCAUCUGAUGCCUCGUCAUGGACACAUUGCGUCCUAUCUUGGAUAGAUGAUCAUCGGUUCGACGUGUGGGUGCUAUGGGGCGUUACGGGGAUAGAUUAUGGGGCAGGGGUUUUCAAACUCCGGUUCGGGGACGUGUAAUAUAUGGGUCUUCAUAAUGUAUAUCUAUCUGGAUGUAAAAUAUGACCAUGCUAUGCCUAUUGGCAAAGCGCAUUUGAAAGACUAAAUAUUCUAAUCAACGAUGCGACAGUGCCUUUGGAUAUCUGGGAAGUCAUCUUGCUUACUGCUUACAUAACACUCACAUCUUCGUAACACAACGCUAAGAUGAUCCCAACAUACGAUCGACCCCUCAUAU